CUACAUCGACACGCCUAAAGUGGAGUAGUUUUUAGUUGUAAAAAAAAAUUCAGACACCGGCCAUUGAUUAGAAACAUAUUUACAAGUGAAAAGAAAGGUUAACUCAAAUAAAAAUGUCUAAGACAGAAUGGCCAGAGCUAGUUGGACUGCCAGCACAAGAGGCGGAAGCAAAAAUUAAAGAAGAAAACAGUAACCUUACGGUGCAUAUUUUGCCCGAGCUGUCACCAGUAACAAUGGAUUAUAGAGAAGAUCGUGUUAGAAUUUUUACUAAUGCGGAGAAUAAAGUAUCCCAAGUUCCCAGAACGGGAUGAUGUACUGUUUCAUAAUAACUGUAAUGAGUCCAUUAAUAAAUAAAUGUAUGUCGUUUAAU